ACAGUGUAAAACACAGAUAAAGCCAUAAAUCCGAUUUCCUUACAGUGAUGUGGUGCCCUUCUCCCAAAUUCCUCCUUGGCUGUACUACAGAUUGUCUUUCCUGUGUUAGACGAAGGUUCUCUGUAAAACCCAAACAACUUUUAAACUACCCAAAAAGAUAUCUGGGUCAACCAAGCCCUUUUACUCAUCCUCAAUGCUUGAAACCAGGAGAGGUGACACCAGGUUUGUCACAGACAGAAUAUGCUCUCCGUCGUUACAAGCUGAUGUCCCUUAUCCAGAAGGAAUCUGAAGUCCUGGGUUGUGGUACAGACCAUGCUGUCAUCAUCUUGUCCAACCCUACUCUGUAUAUGACCAGUGACAUCCCCUUCCCUUUUCACCAGAAUAAUGAUUUCCUCUAUUUGUGUGGGUUUUUGGAGCCUGAUAGCAUCCUAUUACUGCAGAGCCAAUCCAGACAAUCAUCACUUUCUCACACUGCCAAGCUAUAUGUGCCACGCAGAGAUCCUGGACGAGAAUUGUGGGACGGGCCUCGUUCUGGCACAGAUGGAGCUGUUUCUCUUACUGGGGUGGAUGAGGCUUUCACCACAGAGGAGUUUAAACAUGUCCUGCCCAGGUUGUAUGAUGAGGGAGUAACAGUGUGGUAUGACUGCACAACACCAGUCCACCCUGCCCUUCACACCAGUUCCCUGCAGCCACUGGUUGAAUUCCGAUCACGGAGCAAGAACAGAAUCAGGUCUUUACGGCAUCUAGUCCAGCAACUGCGGCUAGUUAAGUCACCGGCUGAAGUCGAGCUAAUGAAGAAAGCAGGUUAUAUAUCAUCUCAGGCCUUCAUAGAAACCAUGAGCUGUCGAAAGGCUCCUGUGGAAGAAGCUUUCCUAUAUGCCAAGUUUGACUUUGAAUGCCGAGCUCGAGGUGCAGAUAUUCUCGCUUAUCCUCCGGUGGUGGCUGGUGGGAACAGAGCAAAUACUCUGCACUAUGUUAAGAACAACCAAAUAAUAAAGUCUGGAGAGAUGGUUCUGCUCGACGGUGGCUGUGAAGCAUCCUGCUAUGUCAGUGAUAUCACACGUACAUGGCCAGUGAAUGGCCGGUUCACUGCUCCACAGGAGGCUCUGUAUCAAGCUGUACUGGAUGUACAGAAGUCUUGCCUGAGGCUUUGCUAUCCUGGCACAAGUUUGGAAAACAUCUACAGCCAUAUGCUAGCUAUGAUAGCAAGAAAACUUAAAGACUUGAAGAUCGUGCCAAGAGGAUGCAGUGAUAGUCAGCUCUUCAAGGCUGCCCGCACAUAUUGCCCACAUCAUGUUGGCCACUAUCUUGGCAUGGAUGUGCAUGAUACACCGGGCGUGUCUCGUUCAGUGCCUCUGCAGCCUGGCAUGGUGAUCACUGUGGAACCAGGGAUAUAUAUUCCUGAGGAUGACACUGAAGCACCUGAGCAAUACAGAGGCAUUGGGAUCCGUAUUGAAGAUGACGUGGUCAUCACAGAACAAAGCCCGUUAAUCCUCUCUGCCGACUGCCCUAAAGAGAUCUAUGAAAUGCAGCAGCUGUUCAGUACGGGAUCCUGAUCCAUGGAUCCUUAUGGAUUUAGGCUGGGAAAGUAGAGCCCCGGGACAUUUUCAGAAAUAGGAGUACUGUGUACUGUGGUUUUACAAACUGUGCAAGAUUCCUAUUUUGCAAAAAAAAA